CCCCCCUGUCAUGUGAGCGGUCAGCUGAUCCCUGGCUGAGUAUUUAACUCUCAGCGCGCUGGGGAGCUGGGACUUCCUGGUUUCUAACAUGGAGAGGCUGUGCAGCUGGCUGGUGGUGCUGGCCGCCAUGGCCCGUCUGGGGGCCGCUGACACCCCAGCUAACUGCAGCUUUCCAGACCUGGAGGGGACCUGGGAGUUCAGUGUGGGACAGCAGCUGGGAGGGAAAAGCGAUAUCGACUGCUCCCAUGGGGGUGAGUAUUAACCCUCUGCAGCACAGCACCACCAAGGGUUAAUGUGCUAACUAUGUGCAGCACAGCACCACCAUGGGUUAAUGUGCUAACCAUGUGCAGCUCAGGGCCACCAAGGUUAAUGUGCCAACUAUGUGCAGCACAGGGCCACCAAGGGUUAAUGUGCCAACUAUGUGCAGCACAGGACCACCAAGGGUUAAUGUGCCAACUAUGUGCAGCACAGGGCCACCAAGGGUUAAUGUGCCAACUAUGUGCAGCACGGGGCCACCAUGGGUUAAUGUGCCAACUAUGUUCAGCUCAGGACCACCAUGGGUUACUGUGCCAACUAUGUGCAGCUCAGGAACACCAUGGGUUAAUGUGCCAACUAUGUGCAGCUCAGGAACACCAUGGGUUAAUGUGCCAACUAUGUGCAGCACAGGGCCACCAAGGGUUAAUGUGCCAACUAUGUGCAGCACAGGGCCACCAAGGGUUAAUGUGCCAACUAUGUGCAGCACAGGGCCACCAUGGGUUAAUGUGCCAACUAUGUGCAGCACGGGGCCACCAUGGGUUAAUGUGCCAACUAUGUGCAGCACGGGGCCACCAUGGGUUAAUGUGCCAACUAUGUUCAGCUCAGGAACACCAUGGGUUACUGUGCCAACUAUGUGCAACUCAGGGCCACCGGUUAAUGUGCCAACUGUGUGCAGCACAGGGCCGCCGUGGGUUAAUGUGCCAACUGUGUGCAGCACAGGGCCACCGUGGGUUAAUGUGCCAACUGUGUGCAGCACAGGGCCACCGUGGGUUAAUGUGCCAACUGUGUGCAGCACAGGGCCACCGUGGGUUAAUGUGCCAACUGUGUGCAGCACAGGGCCACCGUGGGUUAAUGUGCCAACUGUGUGCAGCACAGGGCCACCGUGGGUUAAUGUGCCAACUGUGUGCAGCACAGGGCCACGUGGGUUAAUGUGCCAACUGUGUUCAGCUCAGGGCCACCGUGGGUUAAUGUGCCAACUGUGUUCAGCUCAGGGCCACCGUGGGUUAAUGUGCCAACUGUGUUCAGCUCAGGGCCACCGUGGGUUAAUGUGCCAACUAUGUGCAACUCAGGGCCACCGUGGGUUACUGUGCCAACUAUGUGCAACUCAGGGCCACCAUGGGUUACUGUGCCAACUAUGUGCAGCUCAGGGCCACCAUGGGUUACUGUGCCAACUAUGUGCAGCUCAGGAACACCAUGGGUUAAUGUGCCAACUAUGUGCAGCUCAGGGCCACAAAGGGUUAAUGUGCAGCACAGGGGCACAAAUGGUUAAUAGUACAUGCUGAUUAGUGAAUCCUUGGGUCCUAACUCCUCACUCUCUAGUUUGUCAUGCAGUGCUCUGAGGUUUAAUCAUUCAAUUGCUAGCUCUGGCUCACUUGUUUCCGAGUUCUGUUUGUUUCCAUUAGAUUGCUAGCUCUGUGGCUCAUAGUUCCCUGCUUGUUUCUGCACAUUCAGUAAUUAAAGGUUCAGUAGUAAUGUAUUGUUAAAAGAGAAUAGACUAGGGUUUUGUUCACGAAGGACCAAGAUGUGGUGAAUUAAGCUUCCGAUUGCAUUGUUUCAAAAUCAAACAUUUACUACUAGUUGUAACUUGGGGUUUCUAUUGCCUGUGACUUGGUGUUUAGUGACUGACCCCACAGUGUGCUGCAAGUUUACUUGCCAUCCUUUACCAUUGCUGUUUUUUAUGGAAAACUAUCUGAAAAAACUUUUACAAAAAAAUAUAUUUUUUUAAAAUGUUUAAGUAUUGAAAGGAAGCUGUUCUGUCAUAUCCUUACCCCUACACGUGAUUUGUGUAUCUGUCUAACUUGUUCUGCUUUUCACAUAUCUUCCAAUACGUGGUGUGCAGUUAGUAAUUGUGAUAGCAGAGUGGAAAUCCCCAAGUGUUUUUUUUUUUUUAAUUACUUUCAUUCUUGAGUUCUGUAGACAGUCUGACAGACUCUGCAUUCAGUUACAGUAACUGUAAUAUGAACUACUUUGUAUAGUCUCACCAUGUUCUGCAUAAACACAUUCUUUUGGCUUUAAUGGUGCCUUUCUCUGGUCUGUUAGUUUUUAGUCAUAAGGCAGGGAAUCACAUGCUCAUCAAUAUUUUGUCAGGGUGUUUAAUACAAGCAUUCAGGUGAAUCCUGUUGGACUGGUUUUAUGUUUUAUCAGUUUGUUUAUUGCUGCUUAAUAUAGGUUCUCUUGUAGAUUCAUGUCAUUAGAAAAAUACUUGGUGUUUACAAUGUUUAAAUUGGGCAAUACAGCACUCCUCUGGGUGUUUGAGGCUUCUGGUAACUUUUCUAGUUGAUGGGGCAACUCGUAAGAAUUGAUUAGCUCAUAAAUGCUUCCUGAUACUGGAAGAAAAUUGAAAGAAGGCUUGGUCGAUUUCUGUGAACAAUAGGCCCACACAUUACUUUCACAACUCUUGUUGGGUCUCGUUUCCCCAUGUGAUUGGCGGAAAGCUCACAGGAAAUGGUUAGACAAACAAAUUGUUGUAAUCCAGCCCCAUAUAGCCUUGCCUGCCUAAUAAGUUGCUGUGGAUUGACUUGAGUUGUGGAUUGACUUGUAUUAGCGGCACAUAAUUAAAGCUGAGACUGCCUAAUACCUAUCCAAAAUACAGACCUGAUAGGGUGUGGAAGACAAAUGUGGAGCAAGGAGAGCUCUCAAUGCACAAAUAUAAAAAAAAAUGCAACCCUGCUUAAAGAGACACUGUAGGCACCCAGACCACUUCUGCCCAUUGGAGUGUUCUGGGUGCCAACUCCCACUACUCUUAACUCUCCAGGUGUAAUUAUUGCAGUUGGUUUUGGUUUUUUUUGUUAUAUAAACUGCAAUAAUUACCUUGCAGGGUUAACUCCACCUCUAGUGGCUGUCUAGUAGACGGCCAAUAGAGGGCACUUCCUGCAUCAUAGCACGCUGUGUGAGGACCUCCAGCGUCGCUCAAUUCCCCAUAGGAAAGCAUUGAAAAGAAUUUUCAAUGCUUUCCUAUGGAUAGCUCUAAUGCGCAUGCAUGGCAUUGGUGCACAUGCGCAUUAGGUUUCCUCAGCCGGCAGGCGGGAUCAGUCUCGCCCACCAGCUGAUGUAACCAAUGGGAGCGGCGGCGAGCAGAAACCACUGCCAAGGGACAUCAGCGGGGUCUAAGGUAAGUGACCUGAAGGGGUUUUCACCCCCUCAGUUACCAGGGGAUGGGAGGUGGAAUGGAGAGGGGACCUGCAGUGCCAGGAAAACGGAUUGUAUUCCUGGCACUGGAGCUUCCCUUUAAUGCCGUAGGUGAAACCUUGUAUUGAAGAAUGCCUCCUCUAAACCAUGGCACAGGAGUGAUUUAUUUUUUAUUUUUUUAUUUUUUAGGGCUCAUGAUGCCUGAAGUCUAUAUGUGCAGUGUUUAGCCCUCCCACCCUUUUUAAAUAACCCUUUGCCUGGUCAGUCUGCUGAUGUCCAUAGGUGUGCUGGGUUGGGCUCCGCUUCCAAUGUCAGCCAAUUGGGGUCCUUAGACAUAAACGCCAUAUGCAAAUUAGGCCUUCCCCAUUUUUUUAAACAUGCUCUGCAUGAGGACAGCCAGCGUUGUUUCUUGGAGGUAAAGGGACUCGCCAGUGCCAGGAAACAAACCGUUGAUAUCAAUCCCUUGGCACAAUCUUUUAGAUGAAACAGGCAAAUAUCGCAUUCGCUAAUAUACACAAAUUUGUUUUAGGUACCACUGGAAGUAAAUAUACAGUUCGUCUAAAAGAACUCAAUAUUGCUGAAGAUGAAAUGGGAAAUGUUGGAUUCUUCACUCUUAUCUACAAUCAAGGUUUUGAAGUGAACAUAAAUGGCUACAAGUGGUUUGCCUUCUUUAAGGUAUGUUUGUUUUUUGUUGUUGAAGACCUCUUUAUCCGUCCUCAUUAACCGUAACUUCAGCUGAGCAGCAUGAGAAAUCUGAUCACUGAAAGUAGUUGUCAGUCCCUUCAAAUUUGUGCUCAAUAACUUUUUGUAUUUUUUUUUUUUAUCCUCUUCAUAUGUCGAAAUAAAAUUUUACUGGCUGCUAAAAGAACACUUCAAUGUUCUGCCCCAUCCCACGAUUUUAAACACUGGUUAGAAGUGUGUGCAAACCUGUGUCAAAAUAAAGUAUUCUAUUCCAUUUAAAUAGACACUUGACACACUGUAAAACCACUACAGCUCUAGGGAACAAUCAAAGUCUUAUUUAGUGGCUCUGGUGCCAGGAGUGAUGUUGCCCCUUCCCAACAUAAGUAAUUAAAUUUAAGAAUUGUCUGACAAAUUGCUUAUAAUCUGCCAAGUGUUAAUCGCCUCUGCUGGCUUGGCUUGGUGCUGGGGCUUGUGUGAAGGUGGCGUCAUAAGUUUGGUAGACUCCAGGUAAGUUUUUGGCUAAUUACAAUGGGAGGGUGUCGGUGCACUCCUGGCACCAUAACCAGCUGCAGCAGGCCAUGGGGUACUCAUAGUGGUUUUGAUGCAUAGCUGCAGCCCCUCUGACAGCAUAAAACAAGUUUGUUUUUGUUUUGUUUUUUGUUUUUUUUUCCUUGCAUUUUUACUGCAUACUACUUCUCAUUGUGUAGGUUUGUAUUUAUUUUUUUUUUGUUGCAAAUUGUAUGUUUGAGGCAGAAGUCCUUACUAAGGCUCUAUUGAACAGCCUAAAGAGGAUAAAUGUGGUUCUCCGUACCCUUGCUAAAAUUGAAUUUUAAGACUAAACUACCUACGAAGAUUCUGUGUUGGCAACCACCUAACCAGAAUUGCUCUGCUGUAAAAUACUUCUGAUAACGUGACUGGUGUCCACCGUGCAAACUAUACAAUAAAGACCAAGACAAAACCUAGAACUUUGUUUCUCUUUAACGUGUGACAUCAAACAUAAAUGCCAAAAUGGAAUACCUUUAGUUACAAAAGUAAGAAGUGAAAUGUGUCCUCCCUCACUAUUAAUGUAAAGUGUGUGUGGUUGCCUGUUUUUUUUUUAUUUUAUUUUUUAUCCAAAUAUUUUUCUUCUUUUUACAUUGCCUCUUAGAGUAGGCAAUCUAUAAUGUUCCGGUAAUAAGUACAGAAUCUGUAAUGUGCAUCAUGAACCUCACUGUUAAUAUCAUUUUUUUUUUUUUUUUUUUGAGUAUUGACACAAUGUAAAUGUUUAGCUGUAUUUUUAAAAAAAAAUGGGCGGGGUCGUUUUUUUUUUUUUUUUUUUUCUUUAUGGGUUAAGAGCAUAGAAACAUCUCAAAUUACUAUUUAAAAUUUUAUUUAUGGAAACACAUUUUAAAGUUUGCUUUUAAUGUCUAAUUUUUAUCCUCUUCCCCUUUAGUAUGAAAAGCAAGGCACAAAUGUUACAAGCUACUGCCAUGAGACCCUCCCUGGGUGGGUGCACAACGUACUCGGUAAAAAUUGGGCAUGCUUUGUAGGAAAAAAGGUUACAGCUUCACCACGGCGCAUAGUAAACCCAGUACCUUACCUAGAGGAGGAAGGAAGGUAAGUUAUCACUCGCCUUUAUCUUGUUGAUCCUUGUCAAAUAUUUCCUCAGUGCAAAUAAAGAUCUAUGCUCUUGAGACCUGUCCUUGAAGCUUGCAUUAGGUUAGCGUAUUGUGGGUGUGUGUGAUGCACGUAUAUGAUAAAUGAUGGCUGCUAAUAACGCACCUAUGGUAAAACAAAUUGUAUAAUGAAACUUUAGCUUUGUGUAUUGUGGGAAAGCUAAAGAACAUUGAUCUAGACUUAGUCAUAGUUCUCUACACAUUGGCUGCUCUUAAAAAUGUAACAAUAUUCAGUCUAGCAAACUUCCGAGUGUAGCUUCUUUCACACAACACCAAACUGGCAACACACUCUUACUCAAGCUCACAUACAUAACUAGCAUAUUUAAUUGCAUGUAUUCUUUUCUUUAAUCUGUCUGGUAAAACAAAUCCAAACAUCUGCAGGACCUCCAUGUUGUAUCAGUGCAGAUAUUACUGCCCACUUCUUUGUAGCCUGAGUGAGGUCUUCUUCAUCCAGUUUCUAUGUCCCUUUGCACUGCUUUCUCUUCAGUUGAACACCAAAUUUAUUUUAAGUAUAGUACAUCUUCCUGUUAAUGAACUCCAAGGUCAAGUUUCAUUAGACCUCUGAAAUUAGACGGGCCAACACUUUGUAAUGGGGUAAAAAAGCUUUUUCUGGGAAGCACCCACCCUUUAGUAGACUGCUCUCCCUGGCCGCACUUUAUUUAGUAUACCGCAUUAUGAAAAAGUAGCGCCAUCCUCAUUUUCCUACAGAGCACCACAAGUAUGGAGCAACCUCCCGAGCACAAUUACAUCUUCCUCCACACGAAAACCCUUUAAAAGAUCCAUGUUAACAUAUCCAUACAGAAUACAAAAACAAAGGGAAGGAAGAUGGUACAAUGAUCUUACUCCUGAGCGGGGGUUAACCCCUAGUGCAACAAAAUGUAAAACUAAAACAAUAAGGAAGGGAGACAGGAUAAAUGAUGUCCUGCAGAGUGCUAGUUGCCUCUUAUAGAGGGGUGACCUUAGGAUAGGUUGGGCUCAGGGAGAUCACAAGAGGAAAGAUAAUUAAAACGUAACUUUUAAUGUAAAUAGUUAAAAGGGGGGGGAGGGGGUUGUAUACAAACAAAUUUUAAUUCAAAUAACUGUUGUAAGAAAUCCUGAAGUGAUAGUUACACUUCAUUCAAAUGACUGUUUGUAAGAAAUCCUCAAGUGAUGCAGUUACACUGCCUGUUAACAGAAUGAAAUGCCACUGUGGUAACAGCAGCUACAAAUUAGUAGUGCCAAUAAUGUAUCGCUAUACCAGUAUCCGGGAUCAAGGAAAAAUGGCAAAGUCCCAGUGAGCUGCACUGAGGCUGUUAACUAAGCUGAUAACAAUAUUUAAUGAAACUGCAGUGUCUGGACUCCAAAACAAGCUUGAGUGCCAGUAUACUGCAGAAAAGAGCAUCUCAGAAAUGAUGACCGGGUCCUGUGUUAAAGACUAUGAGACAUGGCAUCAAGCGGUAUGUGCUGGUGGGAGUAUCUGUAGUAUAGUAACUAGGAGGUGCAGACUGCAAAGAUGUUGCCUGGUAUAUUCUGCAGUAAAACUACAAAAACACUGGAAAUCUAGUGUUAUGGUAUGUGCAGGCAGGAGUACCUGCAGUAUAGUAACUAGGAGGUGCAAAAUGUUGCCUGGUAGAUUUUGCAGGAACUGGCUGAACCCCUUAAGAACACAUGACAUGUGUGACAUGUCAUGAUUCCCUUUUUAUUCCAUAAGUUUGAUCCUUAAAUGGUUAAUAACCCGCAAAGCUAUGGGUAGAGGGGUUAACUACAAAAACACUGGACAUCCUAUUAUGUGCAGGCGGGAGUAUCUGCAGUAUAGUAACUAGGAGGUGCAGACUGCAAGAUAUUGCCUGGUAUAUUCUGCAGUAACUGGCUAACCAACAAGCUAUGGAUAGAGAGGGGUUAACUGCUAAAACACUAGGAGUCCUCCUAUGCUUGUGGUCCCUAGGUACUUGUGCCUUUGAGGGCACCCCCUUAGCCAAAAGCCUACAAUCUCCUAUGAAAAUACAAAUAGAAAAUGCCCACCAAUACUGCUACAAUGAAAGAACUGUGCUGGAAAUGACUAGACUUUGUAGGCUGCUUUAAGUGCUGCUGGGUAACGGCCGGGCCGAUGCCGAAAGAAAGCUCUAAAGAGGUCACUUUUAGUGCAGUGACCGGUGGAUAGCGCCAGUGAUGUUUCCCCUGACGCGCGUUUCACCUCACAGGUUCAUCAGAGGGGAACCGGUCUUGUGAUAGAAUCAUGUUUUUCUAAAUGUCUGAAGUUCUCAUUGGUGGAUUUAAAUGAAUUUAACCAAUGAGAAUUCUUCUAUGCCUUAAUGGGUGGGUAAGUAGUAGAGAUUAGUAGUAAAGAUGGGGGAAAAGAAAAUAAUUAAAUAAAACGUGAAUGAUACAAAAAUGAGACUUAACCAAAAAGAUUUGCCUGGUGUUAUCCACAAGCAUUGUGGAAUAGAAUAUACCGUAUAAGAUGAGUUUUUCGGCACAUUUUUUUGUGCUGAAAGCCCCCACUCGUCUUAUACUUGAGUCACUGUCUGAAUUAUGGCAACUUAAAUUGCCAUAAUACAGACCAGGACCGCCGGCGGUCCUAUCGGGGGCUGGCAGAGCUGUUCCUUACCUUUCCUGCAGCUCCCUUCUCUCUCCUCUGGUCCGGUCAGCUCCCUUGCAAGUCUCGCGAGAGCCGUGGGGUCAGAGCGUUGCCACGGAUUACCAUGCCAACGCUCAGCGCAGCAGUCACACUGCGAGACUUACAGGGGAGCUGACCGGAGCUGCAGGAAAGGUAAGUUACAGCAUGCUGCCAGCCCCCAUCCUAAACAGCCAAUGCCACUGGACCACCAGGGAGUGAGAGACCCCCUCCCUGGCCAUGUAUCAAGCAGGGAGGGGGGACGAAAAUAAAUAAAAAUGUAAAUAAUAAUAUUAAAAAAGCCCACCCCACCAAGACACUGCAUUCAUACACAAUGCAUUCAUUAUAUACACACUGUAAUAUAAAAUUAAUUUUGGGGAUCUAAUUUUAUUUAGAAAUUUACCAGUAACUGCUGCAUUUCCCACCCUAGUCUUAUACUCAAGUCAAAAAGUUUUCCCAGUUUUUGGGGGUAAAUUUAGUGGUCUCGACUUAUACUCGAGUAUAUACGGUAAGUCUUAACUGGUAGGAAACUUGAAAGCUAUUCAAAGCUUAAACUUGCUAAAUGAAAGCAUAAUAUUGUUAAUCAAUUAACUAUUUACCACUAUGUUACAAAAAUAAAACUUAAGCUAAAUAAUGAUGAUUUGCAGCCUAUGUGACAGAAAUUAAGACUUAAGCAUUCUAAUAUUCGACAAUGAAAGUUUCAGCCUAAUGUUAAAUGAAGACUAAAAAAAUAGUAGUGGAAAAGUAUCUAUUUGUAUAGGAAGACUACUACUAUCUACAUGGGGAGCGGUGAUGAGGGAUUGUGGUAUAGGAAGACUACUACCAUUUACAUGGGGAGCGGUGAUGAAUCCUCCCUGUUAAAAUAUUUUGUAGACUUCCAAGCACUGUAACACUACCCUUUUUUUCUAUUUCCUAUGGCGAGCCAGCAGCUUAGGGAGCUAUAGUGGUUAUGGUGGCUGGAUUGUUCCUUUUAAUAAACACAAGUGAGGCAACACAGUGCCACGGUUACCAUGUGUCUCAAACUUAAAUAUUCUUAUCUUGGUGAGGGGAGGCUUCACCCACAGAUUGUGGCAUUGAACUAGUGUGUAGGGGUGGAGAUUGUAACAGCUACUUGGGUGGCUCUGCAAGAACAGUUUCCACAGUAUCAGUGAGGUGGGACUCGUAGCUGGUAUGAUCCUCCUCCAAGGUGAAAAUUCUUUAUGGCUCCUUCUUACAGGCUAUCAACUAGACUCUACAAGUACAACUUGGGAUUUGUUGAGCAAAUCAAUAUGGUUCAGAAAUCCUGGACUGCAACAGUGUAUCCAGAAUAUGAGAAGAUGACCCUUCAGAAUCUCGUUAGACGAGCUGGUGGUAAACAUUCCAGAAUCCCAAGGUAAACUCAGGCUAGCAAAUGUACACCUAGCUCAUUUUCACUGAGGUAAACAUGACUGGCUGUACUCGUGGAUGUGCUCAACUAAUGCUCUGAUUUUCAACACAGUAUACCGAAGCCUGCUCCCAUGCCCACUGAUGAGAAGUACCAGGGACUCCCACCUGCUUUUGACUGGAGAAAUGUAAAUGGUUACAACUUUGUCAGCCCAGUUAGAAAUCAAGGUAUUUUUACUGGUACUACUUUGUGACUUUGAUUGUGGUCUAUGACAAAUGCACAAAUAACAUUUUUAGCUUGCAGGUCACACUGCUGAAUGUGCUGGGUUUAAUACUGGCUUGUAUAGAUCUUAUUUACAAAGAAAUGUGUGUAUUGAGUUUUAAGAAUUGGUAGGCAAGAAUGUUGUGUUUUUAGCUAUAAACUUUACAUAAGUUGUAUUUUAGUAAUACCAAUUGGCUAUAAUCCCCCUCCCCCCUUCUGGCCAGUAUGUGAUAUUACCAUUGUAUACAAUAUAUUUACCCAGUUACAAAGACUUAUUUUUUAUUUUUUUUUAAAACACUGUACACUAGCUAUUGGGUUGCCUUACCAGUUGGUUACAAUAUGCACUUUAACAAGAGUUUUUAAAGGACCACUAUAGUGCCAGGAAACACUCGUUUUCCUGGCACUAUAGUACCCUGAGGGUGCCUCACCCUCAGGGUCCCCCUCUCUCCGGGCUGGAUGGCAAGGAAAGGGGUUAAACUUGCCUCUUUUCCAGCGCCGGGCGGUAACCUCUCCUCCUCCUCUUCGGCUGAAUGCGCAUCCGUGGCAGGAGAUGCGCGCACAUUCAGUUGGUCUCACAGGAACGCAUUCAUAAUGCUUUCCUAUGGACUCUGUCUUCUCACUGUGACUUUCACAGUGAGAAGCAUGCAAACGCCUCUAGCGGCUUUCAAUGAGACAGCCACUAGAGGCUUUAGAGGCUGGAUUAACUCAUUUAUAAACAUAGCAGUUUCUCUGAAACUGCUAUGUUUAUUAAAAAAAAAGUUAAUCCUAGAGGGACCUGGCACCCAGACCACUUCAUUUAAGCUGAAGUGGUCUGGUUGCCUUGAGUGGUCCUUUAACAAUGGCUUUUGAAUUAUUUUUAUUUUAUUUUUUAUUUUUUUAAGACCAGCAGUCUAAACACAAUCUUUCCUUGUUGUGGAUGACAGUUCUGUGUUAAGAUUACAAUAUUAGCCCUUCACUUUCAUUCAAAUAAAGGUCAGAUAUAGCUAACUUGGAUGUGAAACAACCCCCAUCAAAAAUACAGCUUGGGACGAAAUGCAUGUGCCUUGUAACGCCUUGUGCAUUGCUCUGGCUAAAUUGCUCAAAUGGCUCCAAACAGAACUGAAUGGUGGGGCACCUGCAGCAUACUAGCAUCAUAACCAAAGCAUGCAGUGCUUAUGGUGCUUUAUUGACCCUCUAAUUUAGUUUGAAUUUGUUUUUAUAUACAAGGGAGGGAGGAAGCUUACCUCACUAAUUUUACUAGCAUUCCAAAAAUGGAGAAUUUCAAGAACUCCCAUUACGCAAGGCAAAUUAAAGGGGAAAGCCAUCACUUGGCUGAAGUGCCUUUUUAUAUAACAAAGAAGUUUAAGCUCUCACCAUGGAAUAUUGUAGUACUAGUGAUAAAUGCAUCUCAACCCAUUUACCAAAUGUCACAAACUUUGCUUUGUUGAAAGAUGUCAUCUGAUCCUCCCAGCCAUUGAUCACAACCGAUCAUAAGCUUUUCACUAACAACGAUUUCUUCCUCCAUCUAUACAGGAAACUGUGGAAGCUGUUAUGCCUUUGCUACUAUGGGAAUGCUAGAAUCUCGAAUUCGUGUUUCCUCGCAACUCCGCCAGACUCCUACCCUGAGCCCACAGCAGAUAGUGUCUUGCAGUAAUUAUUCUCAAGGUAAUGUUUAACUGAUGUUUUGACUUGUAAGAAAUUAUAAAAAUGAAACACGGAAAAAAUAGAUUUGACAUGCAGAUAAAUACAAAAGUGCUGUAGAAACGAGAGGUUCUCUUCUAAUGCAUAUGGAGGUGGUGGAAGAGGUGUGUAACAUUCAUGAUCAACAGCAGUUAGAAUAUAGCUGCCAUCUCUUCACAGAGCUGUUCCAAUUACCUUCUGACUUGAAUUUCUCUGAGGACAAAACUCAACCCAUAAAGCAUGGAAUCCUGUUAAAUAGAUUUGACUGCUGUUGCGCACAGACCAGUGACACUUACCUGCGUGCCCAGAACACAUCCAUCUUCCAAUAUUGCUAAAAUUGAAGUUCCCCUUCCACUUUGACUUUUUUUUUUAUUUUUUUGCUGAGGAAAGUUGUAUCAAAUCUCAUGGGCUAGUAGGAACUUUUGCUUUAGUGAUACCCGAUAAGAGCGGUUAGUGUAGAUGCCUGGUAGGACCAGGUAAGUGUCAAACCAUUUUGAAUCUGACUCUAAGCAGUGGCUGGCACCAAUGGACUCCUGUAACAAUAUCUAUCUAAUAGAUGGUGGAAAUUAAGGCACACUGAGGUCCACAAUUAUCAGUUUGAAAAAUGCUCAGCCAUGUAGUAUUUUGAAUCCUACAACAUACACACAUUUUACAAAGGAACACAAACCUUUAAAUAUUUUGAUUACAUAAUGUUGUGUGCCAUGCAAUAAAAUUGUUCAUGUAAAUAAAGUCAAAUUUUGACAUGUAGCAAUAUGCUUAUUCCAGAAGCUAGGAAUGUAAAUGGAGAAUAUGACAUUAUGAUCUUUGUGGCUGGGUGCCCCAUCUAAUAUUUAAUGAUAAUCUGCUAAUAGGAUUAAACAUACCAAAGAACUAUAGAAUUCAAUUGAACGCAACAUCUAAAGGCAAAAUGUAUCAUGGAAGUCUGUCUGGAGCAAUAACCAUUUUUGCCAUAAGAUAGAGAUAUAUAUCUAUCUCGUGCUGCAGUGUCUGACAUUGAGUGUCUCCACCCACUGCAUGCAGACACUAGACUUUCCUCAAAUGCAUGGAUUCCAUGUAUCUGAGGAGAUGGUGACAGGCCAGGGUUGUUUGACUCUUGCUGAAUCUGCCUCCUUGACAAGCUUCGCCAAUAAAAUGCCUUCCUAUGGGAAAGCAUUGUGAUUGACUUUGAUCUCUACUUUUGCUGAUGUCUGCCAAAUGGGCAGAUCAGAGGCAGCAACAGACUUGAAUAUAGGUAAUAUUUUACUAGAUCUAGUGGGCCCCGGGGGGUGGGGCGGGCUAGAUGUUGGUUUUAACACUAUAUAGGAUCAGAAAUAUUUGUUCCGGACCCUAUACUGCUUAUCAAAUUAACUCCAUCUUUAACUUGUUCUUUCUCCACCCCUAUACCCUACUGUGAUUUAUGAAACUGAUUCAUUUAUCUAUAUUUGAUUAAUGGCUUUGUUUGUUUAAAAAUUGAGUCUCCUAUUAAAGCACUGAAGGAGACGCAAACUGGUUCUAUUUCUCCUUUUAAGAGUGGCUCAUAGGGAAGUGUUUAAAUGGAAACGUUCACUACUCUGUAACUUACACCAUAUAAUAAAACCGUGAGCCCUUUUGUUUUGCUUCCCCUCUCAGACCUCACAAAUGUCUAUCGAGAGACAAGUUAAAACAUUUUACAUUCUGGAACAUGACCGUUCACCCCUCUAAUGGCUAACUGAAUUAACCUUUGUUUUAAUUUUAUUUCAAACCUGCUUUUGCUUAUUUAGCACUAUUGCAUAUCACAUGCAUGACUUGUCAAAUAACCAUUUGUGUUUUUUUGUUUUUUUUUUUCUCCUUCUCCCCAAGGCUGUGAUGGAGGCUUUCCAUAUCUAAUUGCUGGGAAAUAUGGCCAAGACUUUGGUAUUGUCGAAGAGUCCAACUUUCCCUACACUGGCUCAGAUUCUCCUUGCACUCUGAAAGAUGACUAUUACCGAUAUUACACUGCUGAAUAUCACUAUGUAGGAGGGUUUUAUGGCGGUUGCAAUGAGGCCUUGAUGAAAUAUGAGCUUCUAAUGGGAGGUCCACUAGCUGUAGCUUUUGAGGUGUAUGAUGACUUUAUGCACUACGGAGGUGGGAUCUACCACCACACUGGACUGCAAGACAAGUUCAACCCGUUUCAGCUAACAAACCAUGCUGUCCUGCUGGUUGGUUAUGGGGAAGAGUCCAAUGGUGAAAAGUACUGGAUCGUAAAAAACAGCUGGGGCGAGUCAUGGGGUGAAAAGGGCUACUUUAGAAUCCGCAGAGGCACAAAUGAGUGUGCAAUUGAAAGUAUAGCAGUGUCUGCAUCCCCUAUUGCAAAACUCUAAUUCUUUAAUCAAGACGCACAUAAGAGUAACAGGUUUUAUUGCCUAACCUGUGAAUUGGAAGCCAGAAUGCAAAAUUAAAUGGUGGAGUUGAACCCUCCACCCACCCACACCUUUAACCCCUUAAAGACCAAACUUCUGGAAUAAAAAGAAAUCAUGACAUGUCACACAUGUCGUGUAAUUAAAUGGUUUAGUUUUACUUGCAUUUAGCAACUUGGCUUUCAACUCACUAACUAGCGAAUAGACCAAUCAUUCACCAAUGCCAACCACCCAUGGGAGGGGGAUUGGCUUUAAGUUUAGUCUUUUUUCUGUUGUCAUGUAGACAUGAUUAUGAAUCGUGUAUUUUUUUUUUUUUGUAUGUAAAUUAAAUGUGGCAUGUGAUCUAUUAACCCACAAGGGAUAGGGGGAAUAUGCACCCCCUCUGCAAUGAGGUUAAAGGAUGAUGUGUUUUGCUGACGUAUGUGGUUUUUUCGUUUUUUUAAAAUAAAAUUUAGCUUUUAUGCUUCACAAACAGGUAUUUUGAACUGCACUCAAAUUCUUUAUCAAAGGGACAUCAUUUUUAUGUGCCUUAAUGCUCCAAUCAGGGAAUAAUGAAGUGUUGCGUUGAAUCUUUGUAUGCAGAAAUAAAGUUGUCUUUUCUUAUUUUUCGUUGUCUUCUUUGUGAAUGUCUUGCUAUAGGCAUUUAACAAUUACUAGGAUCUGUUCCACACUCUUUCAACCAACACAGCAGU